CCACCCCCAGGCCUGCAGCCAGUGUUUUGGAGCAGGGAGGACGUGGGCCAGUGGCUGCGCUGGGCGGAGAGGGAGUUUGCCCUGCGGCCCAACACCAGCGGCAGCUUCCAGAUGAACGGCAAGGCCCUGCUCCUCCUCACCAAGGAGGACUUCCGCUACCGCUCGCCCCACUCCGGUACGCCCACUUCCCACGGCCCUUGUUAAAUCAAAGGGUUGCUAUGUUAUUAUAACACAUUUUUCUAACAACAUGCUCAUGUUUAACAAUUAAUUAAUAUUGAAGGGGGAAUGACUUUGGAGAAAUGGCACAGUGACCUAAGAUAAUAGUCGUGUCUAGAGCAUACACUGAAUGUCUUUGAUAGACGAUAUUUGUAAAAUAUGUCAGUAGAUCUGCUCAGCUGGAAGAAAGCAAGAGGAAGAACAAUAUCAGGCGAUUCAGCAGCUGCCUUAGUGGAGUUGCUGUCUGUCUUAGUUGUUGGGGGGAGGAAGUAGGAGAUUGGUUGGGUAAACGGCCGAUCAGGAAGUGCAAACCGACCUCAACCGUCACCUGCUAACACCAGGAAUUUCCCCUGCAGCGCUGUGUUAAACAGCAGGGCCAGAAAGUGAGAACUGAAAGGGGUGUAUGUGUGCGUGUGUGUGUGUGCCUGUGGCAUCUUCACUUCCUUGUGUGUGUGUGACUGUGUCUGUACGUGUGUGCUGGAGUGUGUGUGUGUGCCUGCGGCUUCACUUCCUUUAUGAGAACCAUUUCCUUGAUGUUCUGACGGGAAGCCUCUCAAAUCGAAGAGAAAAAAAAAAGUCCCUCCAUUCUCUUUGAGGGGAAAUACUCUCUCUGAGCCCUUCAUAUACAGGUAACGAGUUAAAUCUUUCAGGGUGGCCUAGUAAUGCAAUUUUUACACAUUGAGCAUAUACCGUGUUCUGUUACUGCCAUCUCUGUUGUAGAAGACACUACAAGCUUUUUUUCAUAUUGUCUGACACAAUCAACUUAGCCUUAACACAGGAAUCUGGGAGUUACAAAGUGUUGGUGGGUUGAUUGCCUAGAUGGUCACGUCAGACCACUCAUAGUACUUGAAUUGUAGGAGGUAUGGUGCUAGCAAUCACUGACGUUGGCAUGCUGAAUCAUUAGCAACGCUAUGACCCUUGUCCUGAUCUAUUGGCAUAAUUUCCCAUCUGUUUGGUCCAGACAUGUUUUUAGACUCCAGUAAAGAUCACUGGUCGGAGCCUGAUCCUUUUGAUGACAUUGAUUGACAGCUGCUGCCAUGUCUAUGUGGUACGCCAUUGGAGGGGCUCAUACGGUAACCUCUGACCUCUGACCUGUGUCUCCUGCAGGGGACGUCCUGUACGAGCUGCUGCAGCACAUCCUGAAGCAGAGGAAGCCACACGUCCCCUACCCCUCCGCCUACUUCCCCGGCAACUCCUUUCACCCUCUGCCAGAGGGAGCUCUCCAGCACCACAAACUGGAAGGUCAGUGAUGUUCAAUAGGCACACUGUAGCAAAAGGCUUUGUAACGGCAAAUGAAAAUCUGUGUUCAGACAAGUUCAGGUUGUACAUUACGUUUCACUCUCCCUACUGAACACCAGCCUGACGAUGUUCCUGAGAUCACACAAACUGAAGAAAGAAUCGAGAGAGACGAUUACAGGGAAGCGUUGAAUUGAAUGGGGGGAACACGGUGGCGUUGAGUUCAACAACUUUAGGAUGGUUGUUGAUUAUUAUAACGUGAUCUUAGAGAGCCAGUUCCAAUCAGACCAAUAUGAAAUCGACUUAUUAGCCUAUGGGGGAAAAACGACAACAUUUGAGGCCCACCAUGGAGUGGAAUAUUGAACGUAUGACCAUUGCAUCACUUUCCUGACAUUAUUAUUUUGUUAUUCAUCAAACUUGUCUGGCCAGAAGGAUUUCACAAUUCUGUUCUUGUCAAGGGGAAUUUGUCAUGAGUAAAUUCCCCUGAAGAACCCAACUGAUCUGACUUCUGUUUCACAGGAGUUACUCAACAAUCUUAGACAGUGGCUUCAAUUCAAGUAUUUAAUUACACACGAUCAGCGAAAAUCAGUUGGUCAUGUAGCAAUACAAUUGCGAGAAAGCAUCUCAAGUUUGCUUUAAGUGAAUCUGACAAAAGUAACGUGGUUCAAUGGCCUACUCUAGACUCUAGAGAGAGGUGUUUAAGUCUCUGUUUACCAUCCACCUGAAAAGGGGAGGGACUUCACCUUCUUCGUGCUACACUUUGGACUCCUUUCCCUGCCAUGGAUAGAAGGUUGAGGUGUGGGGUUGGAGUGUUGACAGUGAAACCUGCUCCACAAGGAAAUGCUUCUAUAUUUAAACAAUCUUUGGUCUAGCAGUUCAUUAUCUACAGUUCCUCAUCUCUACAUGAUUUAUAGGGGAAGUGAUUGGGUUAGAUGAUUAAGAUGCUCAUGACUUCCUUGUUGUUUGGUAAGCAGAAGCAAAGAUAUUUAUUUCUUGUAAAUACUGUAAGUACUGUAAUAUCCUACCCAGUAGAGGGCAGUCCAAACCAAUCACUAAUAAUCUACCACCCACAUACAUUGUGAGACAUGAUGACGUUUGUAAGUGGGUGUAGUGACAUCUACUGGACGUCAUGUAAAUAUGUUUGAAACAUAUGUCCUUCAUUGCAGAAACGGUACGGCGGACACCACGUGGUACAGAGCCCCUACCCCAGCACCCUCCCACCAUCGAGCUCCGACACAGCUCUCGCUCGCCAAUCCAACCCACACCCCGCCUCUCCCCCCUGGACCCCAACCACCCACGCCCUGGUGCCGAGGACCACCUCCAGACGUCCUCCCAGCUGCCCGACAACAACCACCACUUGCCCGAGGACUUGUACACUCUGUCGGUGUCCCCGGUCACCCCUAACGGCCGCUGCGCCACGCCCCGCGAGGCCCCCUGCCCAGGCAGCCCCGGGUGCCAGGACGCUGCCCCCCAUCGUGUCAUCCAGCUCAUGCCCAGCGCCAUCAUGCACCCCCUGCUGCUCAGCCCAGGGCGAGGAGGUGCUGCUGGAGACUUCAGGCAUGGCCGUGGGGGGCCACCACUUCAGGCCCCCCAUGAAAAUGGGCGUGAGGGGAAAGGCCACAUCCAGCUGGCACUGGCCCACCACCAGCAGCAGCAACAUGCUCUGCAUCAGCAGGAGGAGGCGCUGUACAGGAACCACCACGUCAUCAUGCCCGUCUCGCCACCAGAGGAGCAGGCAAUGCCCAUUGGACGGAUAGCAGGUAACUAACGCUCCUAACUACUAAGGGUUCAUCUUAGAGGGUGGUGUUCACGGCUUCAACCAACUCUGGAUAAAGUGUGGCUAAAAGACAGCUAAAGUUGAAGUUAACAGGUACUGUGUUCCCAGACUGCAGGCUGCUGUGGGACUACGUCUACCAGCUCCUCUCAGACAGCCGGUACGAGAACUACAUCCGCUGGGAGGACACAGAGACCAAAGUCUUCCGCAUCAUGGACCCCAAUGGCCUGGCUCGCCUGUGGGGGAACCACAAGGUAACGAACUACACCCCCCAGUGUUUGAUUGGAAAAGGCAUUUUCCCACAGUGCUGGUUUUCUAAAAGUUCUGUGUUAAAGUUGUAAGUUGUUCCAUUGGUUUUAACAGAACAGGACCAAUAUGACAUACGAGAAGAUGUCACGAGCACUGAGACACUACUACAAACUGAACAUUAUCAGGAAAGAGCCAGGACAGAGACUCUUAUUCAGGUAUGGUAGGGUUGAGUUAAAACCCAAUAAUGAUUUGAAGUAAAAAAAUAUAUACACUUGUCCAGUUUGAGUUAACUAAUGAUUAACCACUGUGUGUAUGUGUGGUUCAGGUUCAUGAAAACCCCAGAUGAGAUUAUGAGUGGACAAACUGAAAGGCUGGAUCACAUAGAGUCUGACACAGACGAUCAAAUCUACAUCAAAGAGGAAUGCUGAGGCCUCUGGGAAAUGGAGUCCACUAAAGGAAUGAACUACUACAGCCGCUGAUGCCUUUCGGAAAGCAGCUCGGACAAUCGUCUCAAACCGAGAGCGCUCGGACAUUCACUCUAUCUAAAACUCAGAGGAACUUGAAGGUGACGUCUCUAGAUUCCCUUUAAAACUUUAAGAUUUUCUUUCCAGACAAAUCUUAUCAGUUGUUUUCUGUCUUAAUGCAAGGAGUUCAAAGGACCUGGCGACAAGUAUAUCUCAUGAGACUUUUAAAAAAGCAUUCCUUUUCCCUGAACUGCCACAGCAAAUCAAUCAUUUAAUGUUUGUCAUGUCAUACAUUGUUGAUUUUUCUUCUCCACAUGUGCAUUAAGUAUAAGAAAAUGUUGCAAUUUAUGCAAAUAAUGGGAGGGUGUGUGUAGCUGGAACGUUUUCACCACAGAAUAAAUCUUUUUGAUCAAUUUGUAUGGCUGACCUCUUUAAAAUGCAUCUGACCUUAUUGCCUGAAGCAUAUGUCUAGCAAUCAUUCCUGAAACGAUUGAAUGAAGUGAUAUGUAGGCUAAAUGUAUUUUUUUUUCUUCUUUUUUUUUUUACAUAAGACGUGAAGUUUGGAACUUUAUUCUGAAACAAUCCACAUGGUGGCAAUGCUGCACCACUUUUGACUGUAAACCAUCAUAGUUCACUGCACUGUAGACCAAGUCCAGUUCUAUUGAAGUUAAAGUUCCAAUGCAGCUGUUUUUAUCUCAAUAUCAAAUCAUUUCCGGGUAACAAUUAGUACAGUACUGUGGUUUUGUUUUCAAUUAAAAUUGUCAAAAAGAAACAAAAAU